AUGUGGAGAGCAGUAUCUGAUGCUCUUCCUACUUGCCUCCAGCUAGUUACUAAGUGUGUAAGUAUUUCCCCAACUUGUCCUGUUUGCCUUCAACAUGUCGAGACAGCUUCUCAUAUUCUUCUCAGCUGUCGUCUUGCUUUAAGUUGUUGGCACAAAGCUGAUUUGAUCCCUCACGCUGAUUCGAAUGGUACUAUUGGACACUGGCUUGACAGUGUGUUUAAUAGAUAUGAUGAUGAUGAUGUUAUUUGCUGUGAGGUUAUGAUUUGUUGGGCUCUUUGGAAAGCAAGAAACACCUUAGUUUGGGAUAAAAAAGCUUCCUCUUCUACUCAAAUACUCACUUCAGCUUGGGUUACUCUUGAUCAUUGGCAAAAAGCUCAAGAUAAAACAUGUUUAUUAUCAUCCUCUCUUUUGCAUGAUGGUAGUAACAUUAAGCAAUGGACGACACCUGCUUCUAAUACGGUUAAAAUCAAUGUCGACGGUGCAAUAUUUGAGAAGGAAAAUUUCCUAUGGGUUUGGUGCGGUUGCACGUGA